AAUGAUUAAAAAAAAGUACAUAGUUUAGUUUGUGUACUUAUAUAUAAGGUCUAGGCUAGAAAAGUUGCCUUGCAAUUUCAAUAUCUACAUGAUUUACUCAAUCAUUUGAGAGUGUUGUAUGUAUGCAUGAGCUGGGUUCAUCCAAUUGACAUCACUUAGACUACCUCUCUUACUCCAUGUAAGUGGUCACUCUUAUAACCAACAUUGUUUCUCUCUACCUACCUCCUAUAUAGCAACAACUCGACCCCCAUGUCACUAUCUCCUCCAACCCACCAACAACUAUUCCCUACCUAAAGUUAGAUUGCAUCUCUAGAUGAAAAAUCAUUUAAGCCUAAAAUCUAAACAUGACAUCUCUACAGUAGUAAUUGGGGCUAGCUUGCAUCUAAACAUGGAAAAUCUUUUAGGUUAAUUAUAACUCCACCAUUUAGGUAGAGUGUUGUUGUCAUCAUGGUCUUGCUAUAGCAAUAGAAUAGUAAAGAGAACCUUAAUUGCCUAAUGUCCAUCCUCAAUAAACAACCAUUUCUUUCUUCUAAAAAUUAUAAAAUAUAUCUUAGAGUCGAGAUAUUUUCAUUUUGCAGACGACAGAAACAUUGAAAAAAAUAAUCAGUUUCUAGUAGGCAUUGAGACGGAUCAAAGUUGGAUAGCCGCCAUAACGCAAGCGACUACGUGAGCAAAUUGACUGCUAACUUGCCCAGCAAAGCAGAAAAAGCAACUAUAAAUAAAGUAAAGGUUUGUGCUUCUCUAGCAAAGAAAGCUUCAGCCAAGAUUGAAGGGAAAAUAGCUUGAAAUGGCAGGUAAAGAUGAGGUUAAGCUUCUGGGCUUCUGGGCCAGCCCCUUUGCUCUGAGAGUCAUGAUUGCCCUUGAAGAAAAGGGCAUCAAAUAUGAGUAUAUAGAAGAAGAUCUAUUGUCUAAAAAGAGCCCCCUGUUGCUGGAAUUGAAUCCUGUGCAUAAGCAGGUACCUGUUCUUAUUCAUAAUGGCAGGCCUGUGGUUGAGUCUGCCAUUAUAUUGCAAUAUAUUGAUGAGGUAUGGAGUAAUGGUCUGGCUUUCUUACCAUCUGAUCCAUAUGAUCGAGCUAUAGCUCUAUUUUGGGUAGAUUUCAUAGAAAAGAAGGGAGGUUGAUAUUUGGAACUAAGAAAGAAGAACAAGAAGGAGGAAAGCGACAAGUUAUAGAAAGUUUGGGAAUACGAGAAGAAACUCUCAAAGGGAAAGAGUAUUUUGGAGGA